UGGGCGGUGCCUGCGCGAGCGGGAAGGAGGCUUUUGUCGAAUUUUUGCCUGCUAUCCUAGGAGACUUCAGGAGUGGCCAUAUCAGAACUUCCAGCCCCAGAGAUCACGGCCUUUGCUCGAGGCCAUGGGCCAGAUCUCGGGGCUCGUGCCCUCUCGCUUCCUGACGCUCCUGGCACACCUGGUGGUCGUUAUCACCUUAUUCUGGUCCCGGGACAGCAACAUCCAGGCCUGCCUGCCUCUUACGUUCACCCCAGAGGAGUAUGAGAAGCAGGACAUUCAGUUGGUGGUAGCACUCUCUGUCACCUUGGGCCUCUUUGCAGUGGAGCUAGCUGGUUUCUUCUCAGGAGUUUCCAUGUUCAACAGCACCCAGAGUCUCAUCUCCAUUGGGGCUCAUUGUAGUGCGUCGGUGUCCCUGUCAUUUUUCAUAUUCGAGCGCUGGGAGUGCACCACAUACUGGUACAUUUUUGCCUUCUGCAGUGCCCUCCCAGCUAUCACUGAAAUGGCAUUAUUCGUCAGCGUCUUUGGGCUGAAAAAGAAACCUUUCUGAUCAUCUUACUACGGGAACGGAGGGAUCCAGGCUGGAGGAGGGAAGGACCAGUCAUCGUUUCUGGAAGAAAGAAUGCAUCAGCUUCGACUCUCCCUCUACAACUGCAUUUGUUGGAGGACAGCAGUGUUAGGAUAAACUCUCUGGGAUUAUCAGAUUUUUAUUUAGUCAUUUGUAAUAAAUUAUAUUUUAUAGUACGAUCAAGAUAUAAAAAUUUCAGGAGACCAAACUACUGGAGAAACGGAAGGAUGUUUUCCACUGCGGCAGAAAGACACUAGGUAUCGCUUUUAUUUUGGGUAUUACGGUAGAGGGCUGGCGGAAGAGGAUGGGCGGAGACAUGUAAAUAAGUAGCAUUUAUGGCUAAAGUAGCGAUUUCGGAAGUGAGUGGAGUAUUCUGGGAGGAAUUUGUUUGUCCCUUCUCGGGUGCCAAAUGGAAAAGAAAACAUAUUUUAAAGAGCUGCAACAAUGUAGAAACAGGAAUGGAAGAAUCUAAAUUACGUUAGCUUGCUCAGAGUAACAAGUUAUGUACUCACCCUAGCUGUUAGCGGAAUCUUGUUCACGGGGUGCGGAUCUCUACACAAACCCGUGCUAUCGUCAGGUAGGAUAAUCCUUACCUGUUCCUCCUUCGGGAGGGCAGAUAGAAUAUGAUGAUUGGAGCUCGCAUGAUUCGUGAUUAGCGUCUCUGCGUGACCAGGGCUCGCAACACCCUGGUUGCUCCUUUCUGAUUCUUCCUGACGAUCUUUGCAUUUUAAAUUCCUGGUAACUGUUAGAAUUUGUCUUGCGAGCUUGGUUAGGAAGUGUCAGUGGGUUUCUUUUUUCUAACAUAGUUAUGAUCCUUAACAGAUGUCUAGUCUUGUUUGUGUUUUCACACCAUAACUUUGGUUAUUCGUUAGCGUUUUUUACUUCAAAAGCUUAAAGGAGCAAGAAAGUCAUUUUAACUGUCAUUGGUUUUCUAUAAAGUAAUCGCUAAUAGCAAGAAGGGUCACUUGCUGGGAGUGGGAGGACUCCCUGGGACCUGGUAAAGCUCCCCUGUUGUUCAGUUACUAUCUAAUGAGAACACUGUACUUCUGCCUGUUAGCACAUGACAAGAACAAGUUCAAAAGGAGAUUAUUAAGACAUACAUGCUAUUGAGUAUUAUACAAACAAAUCACAAUAAUCUAAAAUUCUACAAUGUCACACGGGAUGAAUGUUCUCAGGGAUUAGAGGCUUGAUCAGGAAGUCGCAUCCCACUUCAGUUUUGCUUUCACUCCCACCCAGUGACGUAUUUCACCAAUUUGUGAAAGCUCACCUUUUAUUUUUUAGAAACGUUGUGAGCGAGCUACUAUCAAAAAUUAUGUAAACUUAUAAUUAAACUACAUUUAAAAACAGUUAAUAAAUACUCAAAAUUCAUUCCUGAUUAUUUUACUAUACCUUUGUGUGUCUUGAGAUGAUUUAUAUUCAUGGUAUCUGUAUGGUAGAAAUACUACCUAAUGAUGUACUACUGUGUAUCUCUCCCAACUCCUUUUUUUUUUUUUUUUAAGAUUUAUUUAUUUAUGCAUAUAAGAGCUGGGGUACAGGCCAGAGGUAUGGGGUGUGUGUUAGAGGAUUCACCAGAGACAGUGGGGAACAGAACAGGCGGAUUGACUGAAAUACACUGCUAAGGGGAGCAGCGGGCAAGUCAGGAGAGGUGUGCUGCGCCAUGUGGAUUGCUCCCUGGCAGGCCGGGAUCUAACUCAUGCUGCAGUGGCUACGGAUAGUUCAUAGGUUGCAUCUUAACCCCUUGCGCCACCAGGGAGGCCCCCAACUCCUUUAUUGACAUCAAGGUGGUAGAUUGAAAUUGGCCUUGGUGGGAGUAUUUUCACCACAGAAAUUGGCAAAUGCUCCAUAUCAGGCUUUGUUAUAUAGAUUUAAUAAAAUGAUGGAGAAAAUGUUUAAAAUAUAGAUUCAACUUAUAGGACAUGUCUGUAACUAUUAUAUUAUAAGCAACACAAAAUUUUGAGGAAAUAUUCUCCCAGUAUUUGGAAACUAUUAUCAAAUUCAGUAAAGAAGACAACUCAAAGCCUUGAGGAACCAGUGAAGUUCGAACAUACCUUCAUUGUUUCAUUUUUAUCUCACUCAAAAAUGUAAGUAAAGGGCCUCCCCGGUGGCGCAGCGGUUGAGCGCUGGGUUGCGAAGCUGCCCGCGGCCUCUGCGGCGCCGGUUCGAUCCCCGGCUGCUCCCCGGCCACCAGAGGAGGGUCCCACAUGGCGUGCAGACCUCUCCUGCCGCCCGCUGCUCCCCUCAGCA